AUGCAAGCCCUCAUGAAGGAACAGGAAGACGGCGGCCUCAAGCCGCCCACGGGCCUAGAGGGCCUCGACUCAGUGACGCUCACGCGCUUUGUGCUGCACGGACAGCGCAAGCACCACGACGCCUCGGGCGAUCUCACCCUCCUUCUCGCCGCGGUCCAGCUGGCCUGCAAAGUCACGGAAACCUGCGUCCGCCGCGCCGGUAUCGCAAAGCUCUACGGCCUAGCCGGCUCGGGCAACGUCCAAGGCGAGGACCAGAAGAAGCUUGACAUCAUCGCCAACGACACCUUCAAAGUCAACAUCGAGAGCUCCGAACGCUGCGGCGUCAUGGUCUCGGAGGAGGACGAGCUCGCCAUCGUGUGUACGAAGAGCUCCAUCGACGGCACGACAGGCAAGUACGCCAUCGCCUUCGAUCCGCUCGAUGGCUCGUCCAACAUUGACGCCAAUGUGUCUAUCGGCACCAUUUUUUCCAUCUUCAAGAUCGAUGACCCGGAUUCCAUCACCGACGCCAAGUCGGCCGCCGCCGCCAUUUCGCAGCCGGGCCGCCAGAUGGUCGCCGCCGGGUACGCCAUGUACGGGUCCGCCACCAAUUUGGUCAUCUCCGUCGGCACCGGCGUGUACGGCUUCACGCUGGACCCGUCACUCGGCGAGUUCGUGCUGACUCAUCCCGACAUCAAGAUCCCGUCGCGCGGCAAGAUCUACUCGGUGAAUGAGGGAAACGCAAAAAACUGGGAUAAGGCGACGACAGAGUACAUCCAGUCGCUCAAAUACCCGGAGGAGGGCAAGUCAAGCUACUCGUUGCGUUACAUUGGCUCUAUGGUUGCUGACGUACAUCGCACAUUAUUUUACGGAGGCGUGUUUAUUUACCCAGCGGAUAAGAAGUCGCCCAACGGCAAGUUGCGCCUGUUGUAUGAGGCAGCGCCCAUGGCGUUCUUGAUGGAGCAAGCAGGAGGAAAGGCGACCACUGGCAAGACGGAAAUUCUCGACAUUGUACCGGAGGAUAUUCACCAGCGCGUGCCGGUGUACAUGGGGUCGUCGGAAGAUAUUGCAGACUUUGAAGCUCUUGCGUCCAAGUACGCUUAAAGAGGUCUAGUGAUCACGUUUGAUGAUCCUGGGUAAGGCUUUCACAGACAACGGUAACAAGUGCGAGAUUGCGUUAUGCGACGUUGAGGUUGUGCGGUGACGCCUGUCUGAGCAGUAGGCGUUGCGAGAGCGUAUGUGCUCGACAAUAUCAGUUUGUUUGAUCCAGUUGUCUGUCGUUAACAGAAAACACCUUGUAAAAGCACUUACUUGCGAA